AUUUAAGAGAUUAUUAACAAAGCUCUAAGGACAGGAUAAUAAGCAAAGAAGUGAUGUCGACUAUAGACCUCACCAGUGUCAUUUUGUGCGAACGUCCCUCUGAACAUCUCACUUGUGGGCUCAGCAAUUCUUUUUGUAGAGACGAAAUCAGAAACACCUCGCCUGCGAAAGUUUUGACGACAGACCAAGACGAAAUAGAUUACUCCGACCUUCUUCUCCAGACUAAGGAUUUACAGAAGGUGGAAGAUGAACGUGACUUGUGUCUGCGCAUUGAAGCAAAGAAUUCGGAGGAAGCGCAGUGCCGUAUUCGAAAGGCUGCGCUUGAGGCUCUACAGAAUCAAAUGCAUCGUAGAACCAAAUUGCCUUCUUCAAUUCAAGUGGAAGUGCCAAAUAGAGAAAUGGAGAAUACUUCAGAGAUGGUAAUCGUACAUGGUCCAGACGAAAAAGUUCGAGUCCUCCCCGAGUUUUCCAUUUACAGGCCCGGGAAGGGGGAUCUAUACGACUAUGAUGAUAAUAGUAAGGAAACUUCUGGUGAUUCACCCUUUUCUUUGUUGCCUUGGCUAGAAAAAUUUCUAUUUUCAUUCCAUAACAGAUCAAAAUAGAUGAUCUUCGGGUUCUCUUAUUUUCCAUAUAUUUCACACAAUCCUCAGUAAUACGAUAAGGAUACUUUUAUAAAUUAUUGAUAUGGAAAAUAGACUUUCAUAUAAACAUAACUAUAUACUCAUAUUCCAACUCAGUGGGAUACACUAAUUUAUUGAGAAUUCUUUUUUGUAAAAAAAUAGUGCAAAUACCAAAGAAAGAACCUUUAACAUACCACAUAGCCCUACUUCUGUUUUGUAUCUCUGUACUGGGAAGGUUUAUCCGUUUCAACCCUUUUGCCUUUUAAGGAUUAAUAUAUAUAUAUGUGAAAUUUUAAAAUUGGUGUUACUCUUUUAUUGUGUUAAUCAUACUUGUUCUCAAUCAUAGUAGAAAAAAAGUAAGACUAUUUUAGUUUUUAUGAGAAUAAACGUAAUGUAUUUUACUUUUGCUGUUGCUUACAAACAUACCUGAUAAGUUGACCCCCAUUCUGGUCGGUAUAAUUUCUCUCCUCAAUGAUUAUUGCCUUUUAUCAAAAUUGCGAUGUAAAUGCAUAUUAUCGAUGAAUAAAAACGUAUUUUGCAUUUCAGUGCUCCUAGAAAGCAUCCAAGAGCGGUAUACUUGAUGUUGAAGGACCGGAAGGGUGUGCCACCUUUUUCCUGAUCAAGUAGAGUUGUGGAUGUGUUUUUGUUCCAUCACCACCUCUUUAUGGAGGGGAUGGAAGGAGAGGAUUUUCACGAGGAGGCACUACGUGAGUUUUCUCUUCGUGUAGGUGAACCCUGAGAAGUAUAGGAUAUUUGACGAACAAAUACGCUGAAUGAGAAUUUUGAUACAUCGAUUAAUAA